AAGUUCACUCUGUACUUCCGGGAGUCGCCAAACUUGAAAACACGAAUUUAGUUAUUUUUUUAAUUGUGGUGAUGAUUCAAUUACACACUCGACUCCUAAUUUCAGUAAAAUUUGAAACAAAGCAACACUACACACCUGUAAAGUGAACAGACCUGCUGAUAAUGCAGCGUUCAGGUGUGACUGUUAAUGUAAACACACCGCUAAUGAGGAUGUAAACAGAUCCUGUUCGCUCGGUUAGCACGAUAGCAUUGUUCAGCAGGAAACGUUUGUUUGGAGUGGUUUCGUGGCUGAGGUGAUUUGGGCAGCAAGAAAACCAUGGAAGCAGACCAGCAGAAGAGGUCUCCGUUGGAUCUGAUAAUGAACCAGAUCAGAAGGAAAGCCUCCUUCACGGAGCGGAAGAAGCCGUCCAUGGGUCGUCUCUUCCGCCCAUCUGAAAGCAAUGACAGGAAGAACGGUGGAACCCCGGAGACCAAAGUAACUGAGAGUAAUGAUGGGAAAGAUAGAAUAAUGCCUGAAGCAGACGGCAGCGACGCCGAUGCUGAGCUCUGCUCUGUAGCCGGAUGGGGGCGUGUCAAGCAGUUCAUCCAGAAGCUCGGAAAAACUCCAGACAGCCAGAGUUUAAAUCUUGGCCACUGUGACCUGACAGCAACUGAUGUCGUAGAGCUCGGAACCUUGCUGCCGUUCCUGGCUCAGCUCGAGGUCCUGGACCUUUCAUGGAACGAUCUGCUCGGAGGCUCCCUGAAGGCCCUGACUGUCAACCUGCAGCACGUGAGGAAGCUGAAGGUGCUGAAAUUGAACAGCUGUAGACUCACAGCUCAAGAUCUUCUUGCGCUGGGUGAGGCACUGGAGAACAUUCCUUCGUUGGAGAUGCUGGAUUUGUCCUGGAACGCUGGGAUCGGGGCUGGAAAUCUCCACCUCCUAACCACGAAUCUUCACAUCGUUAGCUCUCUGAAGGAACUUCACCUGGUGGACUGCCAUCUCUCAGAGGCAGAUGCCGUGGCACUGGGUGAUGCCCUUCUUCAGUUGCCACGCCUGGAAGUGUUGGACUUGUCCAAUAACAAGCUGCUGGUGAAUGGAAUAGAAAGACUGGCUGCAGAUCUGAGCUCCACCCAACAGUUAAAGACACUGAAGCUGAGCAUGUGCGGACUGAAUCAGGACAGCCUCGGUAUCCUUGGAGAGAAGAUAAAGUUCUUACCAGGCUUGGAGCACCUUGAUUUAUCCUCUAAUAAAGACUCUGGUGGUGCUUUAGGCUCAGUGGCAGUAAGUCUGUCUCUUUUCAAACACCUGAGAAUCUUAGACCUGCACCUGUGCUGCCUAACAGAGGAGGAUAUACUGGCACUGGUCCAAGUCGUUCCUGCCUUGACCGAGCUUGAAGAGCUGGAUUUGUCUUGUAAUAAAAGUAUCGGCAGCGCGCUCCAGCCCCUACUGGCCGUCCUCCCUUUAUCGAAGCUGAAAAAGCUUCACCUGAACAACUGUGGUUUGAGUCCUGAGGCAUGCCAGGCUUUAGCCACUGCCAUGCAGUCACUUACACAGCUGCAGAGUCUAAACCUGUCCUGGAACAAGUGUGUUGGGGAAAAUCUGGGGCGUCUUUUAGAGCCUCUCCAGUCCAGCAGUAAACUAGAAGAGCUCAGACUGAGUAGCUGUGACCUGACGACUGAAGACAUGCUUCAUUUAGAAUCCGCCUGUAAACGGGGAGCCCUGCUGCACCUGAAGCACUUAGACCUGUCCUACAACGGCCGCGUGGGCGACGGGGGCUGGGUUUCGCUGUUCGGGGAAGCCGGCGGUCUGAAAGAGCUGCAGGAGCUGGACGUCAGCCUGCGCCCCCAUGCCUCGCUCUCGGCAUCACCGUGGCUGCCCGCUAUGAUGGAGGCCGUGCCCCGGUUGCUUUCGCUCCGGCGGCUGGCCCUGCAGCGCUGGGCCCUCGGGUCUAAGGAGAGAGAGAAGCUGGAGAAGAGCCUGAGCAAGAGGAACGUAGUGCUGGAGUGUGAUGAUGUACCGAAGGCGGCAGGUUAAAUUUCAUACUGGGACGGACACGGACCAAGAUUUUAUAGCAAUACAAGCACAGUGUUUUUAAGAAUAAUCAUGAUCCUUCAUUAGAUUUUUAGCAAUAUAAACCCACCAAAACUGCUAGAAGAUUCCUCUGAUUUGCACAUGUGGAUGUUAAUAAGAUGUAGAAGCAAUGACUCAAACUGAAUGUUUGUCUAUCAACUAAGAUUAAUAAUAUGAAUCAAAAAUAAACAUUGUAAUAUUUGCACCUUC